AUGUUAUGUGAAAAAUGUAAUGAAAAAAGUAUAUGUUUAAUGAAACCUUCCAAUAGAGAAAAAUUAUGCAAAGAAUGUUUCAUAAAAAAUUUUGAAGAUGAAGUUCAUAUGACUAUUAUAAAAAAAAGAAUGUUUGAGGCGAACGACAAAAUUUGCAUUGCUGUGUCAGGUGGAAAAGAUUCUAGUGUACUAACUCACGUACUUGUUAACAUAAAAAAAAAAUAUAAUUAUAAAUGGGAUUUAUUUUUAUUAGCAAUUGAUGAAGGAAUUAAAGGAUAUCGUGAUGACUCUUUGAAAGUUGUAUAUAAAUUAGAAAAAUUGUAUAACUUACCUUUAAAAAUUUUGAAAUUUAAUGAUAUUUUCUCAUAUACUAUGGAUGAUGUUGUAAAAUUUAUUGGAAAAAAAAAUAAUUGUACAGUAUGUGGGGUUUUCAGAAGGCAGGCUAUGGAAAAAGGUGCACUAUUAUUUAAUGCAACAAAGUUAGUAACAGGACACAAUGCUGAUGAUAUGGCAGAAACAAUAUUAAUGAAUUUGUGUAGAGGAGACAUUGAUAAGUUAGCCAGAAAUAUCAAUGACUACACAUUCACUUCACCUCUUAAUAAUUCAAUGGAAAAAGAAAUAUUAACAGUUAAUAAAAAACAUAUAGAAAACAAUUAUGAUUACAUGAAUGGUAUAGAAAAUGACAUAGAUAAACAAAACCUACUUCAAAAUGAAAUAUACAAUGAUAAAUUAUGUCAAGUCAAAACAAAGGAUAACAUAGAAAAGAGCCCAAUACAAAAUAAGAUAAACGAUCAUUUUAAUAAUGAAAAAAAUAUAAGUAAUAAUAUAAUAAAUCCUAAAGAAUCAGAGAAGCGAAAAAAUUUUUUUUUGCCAAGAUUAAAACCAUUAAUGUGGUGUUAUGAAAAGGAAAUAGUUCUUUAUGCUUUUCAUUUGAAAUUAGAUUAUUUUAGUACAGAAUGUACAUAUUCACCUAAUUCUUUUCGUGGAAAUUUAAGAAGUUUUAUUAAAGAUAUUGAAACUAUAAAUCCUCAAUUUAUUUUAAAUAUAAUACAUUCAGCAGAAUUUUUUUAUUUUAAUGCAAAUAACAAAAAAAUGUUAAAUGUUUGUAUUAAAUGUGGUGCAUAUACAUCCAACCAAGUUUGUAAAGCUUGUUUAAUUGUUACAGGAUUAAAUAAUUACAAGGAUAAUUCCUUCCUUUAUUCUAAUAAAAAGAAAAACAAAAAAAAAAUUUCUAUUAAUUACGAAAAAAAAUAA